AUGUCUGAAAGAUCCUGCCCAGUCAGUGGGCAUAAGGGCGGCCCUCAUUCAGUGUGUGCGGCUGGAGGCCAAAGAACUGGACCACGUGGUUGUGCCUUUGCCGCCUACCAGAUGACCUCUCAAUCACAUUAUUCACCAGAAGGAACACCACUGGAUGGCAAGACGGUUGAUGACUUGGUGGCACAAGAACGAAAGACCAUCACAGAGCUGCUUAUACCCGAACCACCCCCACGAUCUGUUACUAAUGGACUUGCCAACGCCGACCAUCUCAAUCCUACAGACCUCGAUGUUCUUGCCUCUGCCCUGGGGGCACCUGCUCGACAAGUCCUCAACCGAGCUAUGGAGCUUGGCCCACGCACUGGCUGGCGGGAUGGAUAUCUUUCCAGUACUCACGGCUUUUGUCCUCCAGAUCCAUCGGCCGCACCAGCUGCACUCGCAAUGUCCCCAGGAAGGGUAUGGUCUGAUCUUUGUGAACGUAUGCCCGCAGUGGUAGCGAGGGGAAAGAUGCGUGAAUCAAUUCUCCAAAUUCCACUCGUCUAUGGGACGGCGGACGUGAUCCCGGACGCUGCCUUGUGGGCUGCAACAGUCUGCCUCGGUAUACUUGCCAGCGUCUACAGAUAUGAGGAACGAAACGAUGGCCAUGAAGGCAUCAGUGUGUCUGCUCCACCAGGGACUUUUCGAAAUAUUGCGGGAGAAGCGGAUGAAGAGGAGGAGACAAAGGGAAUCCCAAGAAAUAUUGCAAUCCCCCUGCGGCAGAUAUGCACGAGGAUGGGUCGUAUCUUGCCUCACCUGACGCAAUACGAUGUGUCUGUCUACAACUUUAAGCUUCGCGACCCAACGAGUAUCAAUCCUUAUGUCGCACGCUGUGAAAAUAUGGAUUUAAGAUGGCCGGUCUUUAACGAUCGUGGUGAAGCAAUGUUUCUAUUGUGCAUGGCUGAAACCCAUGGCUGUUUUGUGAAUGGUGUUGAGACCAUGACGAGAUGCCAGGAAAGAGUGAUGCUCAGGGACAAGGAAGGGUUGCUCCGAGAGCUUAUCCAACUCAAAACAAUUGUUGACAGAUUUGCACAUGUCUUCCACAAAAUCAGCGUCAACCCUCACUCCGGAGAAAAUUUUGCAAAUCCAGUCGAGUGGGGUCAAAGAUAUGCCAAAUUUUCGGCGCCCCUAUCGAAAAGAGUUCCUGCUCUCUCUGGUUUGGCCUUGCCUGUGUUCUUGCUUAUGGAUGCUUUCAUCGGUCGAACGAAAUAUGAUACAUUCUUAGGUAAAGAAGCGUUGCAUCUUCGUGCUUGGCUGCCUCUCAACAUCCGUGCCUUCAUUGCAUCAAUCGAGUAUCAUUAUCAGGUCCCCGCAUUUGUCAAGGAGUCUGGCGAUCCCAGAUUGAUGGGUGUCAUGGAAGGUAUCUUGGAAGCUUAUAUCUCAGAGAAAGGUUGGAUGGGCACACAUCGAUACAAGGUCUAUGGCUUCCUUGAAGUUGUGGCAAAGACUGGCCGGAGUGAGACGAAUGGUAAUGCUGGCGCUGGAGAUAAUGCUGGACGCCCUUGGGAAGAGGUCCACAAAAGUCUUUCCGACUCAAUGAGAGAACGACUUGAACCGUUCCGCGGUAAGGUAGAUUUACAGCCUCAACAACUUCGGGGGUCUUUUGAGGAAUGCAGAUUCAAAGCGCGCAUCCUCUCUCGUUCUUCCAUCGACAAUGACCCAUCUCGAUCAACGGGCAUGGUAACCUUUGGCCUCGAGGACACCGGAAUCACCUUCCAACCUGGAGAUCGUCUUGCCAUUAUGCCUGUCAACAGCUGGACGGAGGUGAACAAAGUUACUGCAGCUCUUGGACUGGACGAGUUCCUGAACAAGCCCGUGCCGGUUGCAAAUAUACCCGAUUGGAAUCGCUUCGCCAAACAUCUGAAAGCGGUCAACAAGUCAGACGGACCAGCUUCAGUUACCGUUCAAGAUAUCCUGAGACGAGGACACCUUGCGCCUCUCACCAAAGAUCUCAUCAUGGCUUUCCAUAUCGCCCUACGUGCUUCUUCAUCAACUUUAGUGAAAGUGCUGGGCUCAGACAUGUGGCCUGUGCAAGGCACUAUCGGAGACGUGCUCCAACUUGCAGUAUCUGACGUCUCUCCGGCUGUAUGGGACAAGGCAUUUGACCUCAAUGACUUGUCAUGGCUCCCAAAGUUGAUUCCUGUUGAGACACCACGGACAUACAGUAUUUCGAACUAUUCAAAUGAGUUGCUUCCAAGCACGGUCGACCUCACUGUCGCCCGAAGCGAAUACAAAGUAGCCAAGGUCCUGGACAUGGGCCUCUCCCUGAAUCAAAGGUACGGUGUUAGCAGCGGGUGUCUCAACCCUGACCCAGCAUAUUCAGAAGAGAUGUUUGACGACGAAGAAUAUCUCAUUGGUGUUUGUCGUCCCCUCAAUUUUGAGCUCCCUUCGACAAUGACAGGACCUAUUGCAAUGUUUGCUGGCGGAUCUGGAAUUGCGCCAUUCCGCUCAUUUUGGCAAUCCAGGGCUCAGACAAGUGUUGGGAGGAACAUCUUAUUCCUCGGCGUGCAAUCACGCGACCGCUUCUCAUACGAGCAUGAACUCCGCGACUUUGUCCACAGUGGCCAGAUAGAACUACAUACAGCCUUCUCCAGAGACAGCAAUGGCCUAGUCUACGAUCCGAUGUCCCGAGAUUUGGUCGAAAAGCAAAUGGGUCCACGAUACCUAGACGCGGCAAUUAUCGAACAGGGACGAACCGUCUGUGACAUUGUCGUCUCGAAAAGCCAGGGAGGGCUUGGAGGCCAUCUUUACAUCUGCGGAUCCCUGGCGAUGUAUGAGACGAUCAUGUCUGGCAUUCGCCAAGCGAUAUAUCAGAAUUGGGCUUCGACCAAGGAAACCGCAGAUAGCUUAGUUGCAAAAGCUUUCGCAGAGAGACGGUUCAUGCUUGAUAUUUUCAUGACACCAAAGCCCGUCAGCUAUUCUACGCCACGGAUACCGAUCUCGAAGCUGUCAAUGAACACCGGGCAUCGCAAAGGGUCCAGAAUGUGGAUUGGAGUACACGGCGGUGUGUACGAUAUCACCGACUUUUUGCCCAUGCAUCCGGGUGGUACUCUGAUCGCACAGGCGAGUGGUGGUCUCGACGCCUCGAAAACUUUUGACGAUGUGGCCCACACGUCAAAUCCCGAGGUCACGAGCUUGUUAUCAAAGUACUUCAUCGGUCAUUUGGCAGCCAAGCCUGAAUUCCGGUCCAGUGACAUCAGCGGUCUCUAUGAUCUAUGGUAUCAAUACCUCCGCAAUUGUGUCGAAAGUCUUACCACCUUGUAUUUCGAGGUCAACUACAUUCAACAAGACGCUCGAACGUGGUUCCAGGGUGACCUCUUUAACAUGGGUGGUGUUCGCAAGUUCUACCAAUUCCAAUCAAGACUGAUGCAGAAUGGCUUCUCUACACUGUUCGGAGCUAAACUCCAGGAGCUAUACCUCAAGCUAACUUUCGCACUUGUGAGCUCUGGAACUCCGGAGACUCGAGUUUCCGAUGUCAUCGGCAUCAUUACUCGGGCUCAAGCCUCGCCCGAUUCUGCCACAGCAGCAAAUGAAAUCGCACAAAUUGGCCAAUUUGUCUGUAAUAGCCAGAAUGCUCAAUUCCAGGAAAACGGCAUUCUGAGAUAUUCCCAAGCCGUGACUGAACUGGACGUCCGAUUUCUUGAAGAGAUCCGUGAGGAUAUUUGCCUUGGAAUGGACGCAUUCAACGUGGUCGAGUCCAUGGAUUCUGGAUCGGGUGCCGAUAAACAACGGCUGGUCAGUAUCAGUAGCUAUCUACUUUCCGUGCUGGAACGUGUCGCACAACGUCUUGAGACGUUCUACUCAAGACUUGCGAGGGAGUCUAUCUACCGACCAGAGAUUGAAAAGAAUCCGGCCAGGACGAGAUGGAAUGUCUUGCGUCGCAAGAUCAAGGAUGGAUCCUUCUUUAUCUUGACUCAAGGAACGGCUUUUACUGGAUCUAAAGCCGCCUCCAAACCGUUCCGUGCCAUCAAGCAUGCUGAGCAGGAUAUCAUCUUCGCCCAAGUUGUAUCGCAAGCAAAGAACGCGCUUGUUGGUCAUGCUCAAACAACUCGAGCAGCUUCUGCAAGGUCUGAAGCCGACUCAAAUUCAGGCAGACGUACGCUAGCUCACUCACAUACAGCAAGAGCGGUCCCGAGCUCAAAAGCCCCGUCGUCAUACGAGAUGCAUGAAUCACACAGCGCGCUUCAAUCCAUGUCCAAAUUCAUGGAUUCGAAUGUACAGUCAAUCAAACGACUCAGUCAAUUGCCGUCGAAUCUCAGCUUCUCUCAUAUAAUGGCCGCUUACGGAACCAACCCUGCUCGUGAUCAACCCCCCAUUCCACCUAUUCCAGACAUUGAUGAGAGCAUCUCCAAGACUGCGCUACAUCGUCGAGAUGAUUCUCUUGUUUCACGGCGCCUGCCUGCAAACUCUUCUCCAUCCACUAGGGAUCCUUCCAGGAACAGAGGCCCAUCACCGGGAGCCAGUGGCCAAAGACUUGUGCGACGUGGUACCAACAGCUCAAUCUCAAGUGCUAGUGGCCUACCGAUGAACCCGGCUCCUAGCGCGCAGAGCCACAUGUCAUUCGUUGGACGACCAGGUCUAUUAUCACGCUCUCCCUCGGUCUCGUCAAACUCCGCGAUGCUCUUGCCGUUGGAGCUCGCCAGCCGAUCCCGAUCUCAGUCUCGAACACGGUCAGACUUCGAUGCUAGGAAUCCUCAUCGACAAAUUGGAGGGACGAGCAGCUCUGAUUCCGGGAUUGGUGCGCCUGGCCCAGCCAUAAAGCCAGGGUUGGCACGACGAAAGACAUCGGGGUCCUCCCCCAAAAACAGAACGGCAAACCAGCCACCCACUUCUUACAGUCCACUGUCGCAAGGCUCUCCUGUGCGCGAGGGCGACGGAUCUCCACACGCACAAUCCUCGCUAUUGAACGAGCAGCUGCUGACCAAAAUGCAUCAGCAGAACGACAUGCUGUUAAGGGCUCAGGCAAAACCUCUCUCACCUGCGUCACCACAGUCCGGUGAGGGUGCCGAUGGCGGUGGGCUUCGAGCUCUGAGAUUGGCACCUGCUCAUGCUCUCAACGGAAGGAACCUGGAGACUGCAUAUCCAGGUGGUCAGGACUCAUUUGCUCCUACUGCCACGGCGGGCACGAAUAGGUUCCGGAUCCCGCUUCUACCUUUGGAUGUUCGAUGA